AUGAAUGGAAUCAUUCAGGAUCUGAUCAUGUACGUAAGAGUUUCGAGUGAAGGAAAUGUUCAAUAUACGAAUAUAAAAUACAUCCAACAGAAUAUUAGUAAUAUAACAGACACCAUUAAUGGGCUAGCAUUUGAUACGUUGUACAGAGUCGGCGUUGUAUUAUUAUCAGAAGACGGGAAUUUUAACGAAGAAAUAAAAACAGCUCAGUAUAUGACCACAUGUUAUGAACCGGUUGACGUUAUUUAUGACUUGAUGCUACAUAGCAAUGAUCCAAAGACAAUAACCGCAACUUGGAAAAAGCACACUCGACGAAAUGAGACCGAAUGCAAAAUAUACUAUCAUUUAACACUUAAGUUUAACCAUACCAUAGUGUCUGAAAACCAAAUUAGUGAAGUUCCGAAUAUGGUUAACUUUACAAAUGUAUUGCCUGGUUAUCUUUACACUGUUGAAAUUCGAGCGUAUACAGCAUUAGGAGCAAUAAACCUGACAGAAGUAGCUCAUACAAGCACUGAACCAAACAAAGGUAAUAUUAUUAUAAGAAACAUCAUAGGUAAAGCUGAUGCUUUUAACCAAAGCGUUCGUUUGACAUGGGAACUUGCAAAUUCAUUAAUAGGAGACUCAAUAAAUUACACCAUUAAAUAUAAGAAUUUAGAAAAUGAUACCCAAACGGUAGAUGACACAGAAAUUAAUACCAAGGAGUAUGUUAACCUUAAUCCAAACACAAAAUACGAGAUACAAAUUUACAUAAAAAAUAAUAAUGGAUAUAAUCCCGAUUACAUGCUAGCGAUACCAUUUAAGAUGAAAGCACAUUGA